GGCGCUCGGACUAUAAAACACAACAAAUCAUAAACCCGGCGGAGCAGCAGCGGCCGAGCGCGCCUCCCCUCCCAAUGAGUUCCUAUUUCGUGAACUCCACCUUCCCCGUCACUCUGGCCAGCGGGCAGGAGUCCUUCCUGGGCCAGCUGCCGCUCUACUCGUCGGGCUAUGCGGACCCGCUGAGGCACUACCCCGCGCCCUACGGGCCCGGGCCCGGCCAGGACAAGGGCUUUGCGGCUUCCUCCUAUUACCCGCCUGCUGGCGGCGGCUACGGCCGAGCGGCACCCUGCGACUACGGGCCGGCGCCGGCCUUCUACCGCGAGAAGGAGUCGGCCUGCGCGCUCUCGGGCGCCGAAGAGCCGCCCCGGUUCCACCCCGAGCCGCGGAAGUCCGACUGUGCGCAGGACAAGAGCGUGUUCGGCGAGGCCGAAGAGCAGAAGUGCUCCACUCCGGUCUACCCGUGGAUGCAGCGGAUGAAUUCGUGCAACAGUUCCUCCUUUGGGCCCAGUGGCCGGCGCGGCCGCCAGACCUACACCCGCUACCAGACCCUAGAGCUGGAGAAGGAGUUUCACUACAAUCGCUACCUGACGCGGCGGCGGCGCAUCGAGAUCGCGCACGCCCUGUGCCUGACCGAGAGGCAGAUCAAGAUCUGGUUCCAGAACCGGCGCAUGAAGUGGAAAAAGGAGAGCAAACUGCUCAGCGCGUCUCAGCUCAGUGCCGAGGAGGAGGAAGAAAAGCCAGCCGAGUGA